AUGUCUCACCCGUUGGACCUGGCAUUAUUUGGACAAGCAACUGAACUAUUGGCUAUUACUAUUUUAAGAAAUAUUUUGGGGCAAUAUACGUUGACUGACUUGUUGACAAACCGCGAAUCAAUCAGUCAAGCGGUUCGUAAAGAAAUAGACAAAGGAACUGUGGAGUGGGGCGUUGAAGUGGAACGUGUAGAAAUAAAAGACGUUAUUCUACCAUAUGAAUUACAAAAAGCAUUAGCAGCAGAAGCUGAAGGUACACGCAUAGCAAAAGCAAAAAUAAUUGAAGCAGAAGGUGAAAUAAAAGCCGCAGAAAACCUUAGAGACGCCUCAAAGAUUAUUCAGGAAAAGCCGCAAACUAUACUUUUGAAAGUUUCUCAGCGCAUGCUUCCAACUCCGGUAGAACCAAUGGCUAAAUAUGAAGUUAAAUUAGUGGCUUUGGAAGAUACCAGAAAUAUUUUUAUCGCCAUGAACGAAAGACACAAUAAAAAAAUUACCACAGUAAGUAGUAAUCCUGGACUACGUGAUAGUUUACGUCAAUUUCCGGCACAACCAUACAACAGGAACCUAGAAAACAGUAUUCAAGAUAUUGCAACGGAUGACAUACUUGCCAGAAUACCACGAAUGCAAGAAACUCAGGAUUGGCCGGCAAUCCGAGAGAGUAGUAAUACUACGCAAUGGUAA